GAUGUAAGAGACGUUCGUUGGAGGCACCAAACUACUAUUAGAUGAGGUUAAAAGUGCAUCUCAGUGCGGACUUUUGUAUAAAUUUGGACGCCACCAAAUUGCUCACUACCAGUGUGCGUGUAGGAGAGUAGCAGGAAGGUUCGAUCGGUGAGCUUUACUUUGAGCAUUUGAUCACUCGCCAGUAGGGGAGUCAUUUCUCAAGAUGUUGAGCGGAAAAGGCAAGUUGAUGCUGUUGCUGGCAGUCCUCGUUGCAGCUGCAAUGAAGACGAGUGUGGCCCAGGACUAUUGUAAUCCGGACCUGUGUGAUCCUGGAGAUGCACAUAUUGGAUGUAAUAAUCCGGGAGGCUUCACUAGCAACUGUCAGGAAGAUGCACAGGUAAUCGAAAUCACUGAGGAGUAUAAGAAGAUCAUGCUGGACGAGCACAACAAGUAUCGUAGUACCGUGGCGACUGGUGGAGUAAGUUGGCUUCCGAAAGCCAAGCAGAUGACCACGAUGACAUGGGACGAUGAGCUGGCCCAGAUGGCACAGUUGAAUGCUAACCGGUGUGUGCAGAAGCACGAUGCCUGUCACAACACAGACAAUCAUCGUUACUCGGGCCAGAACUUGAACCACAUCACAACGACGGCUCCAUCGAUUGACAACAUCCCGCAGGUGAUCAAGGAUCUCAUCUCGUCCUGGUGGGAUGAACGGCUCGAUGUGAACUCGCGCAUGGUCAACAGUAUGUACGAUCCGGGAAGACAUAUCAUGAUCUUCCACUUCGCCGUAAUGGCUGCGGACAAAUCGAACAAGCUGGGUUGUGCUAUGUCUCAGUGGUCUAACAAUGGUAAUCCGUACCUGUACCUGGUGUGCAACUAUUCGUUCACGGAUUUCGUUGGCUUGCCCAUGUAUGCUGCGGGAGAUCCAUGCACCGGCUGCACAACUGGUUGCAACUCGGCGUACGAAGGACUCUGUAAUCCUGAUGAGCCAGUUUCGGUGCCGUUCUAAGGAUGAUACGAUGAAUUGAGUUUGACGAUAGAUACAGAAUCUGCUCUCCGUGCAUAGCUGCUACAUUGUACUUCAUUUUCAUUGGCUUAAAAUUCAUAUUGCGUCUCCUGAAGUUCUGUCAUAUGCUAAAAAAAUUAUUGAAUCAUACAGCAAAUCGAACAUUUCCAAUCAAGAGGAACCAGCUGAGGGGGGUUUCUAAAAUAUCUCCUUUCAAUAGGAUGUCGCUGUAAUCACCCCAGUACAAGUGAACCUGAAAAUGUUAAUUUUAAACUACAGCUUGUCACAUUGUGAUUUUGUUCCAUUCUGUGCUUUCCAAAUACGCGUCGCUGAAAACAAUGAGCUAGAUUUUAUACAGGGACUUCCAAAUUAUUGGUGCUGCUAUUGUUAGGCGGAUUGACGAUUUCGGGUCGGUUUGGUUUGAGCUCGUCGAGCAAUUGAAUUAUUGAACGCUUAAUUAGAGCACAUUUAUACGGCUUUCCCAGCACACAGCACACAUGCACUCCAGGGUAUGUUUACUUUACCAAAAAUCUCACCUCAUCCGGCGACCGAUGGUUGGUGGAGAGCAAAUUUACGGCGAAAGUGUACGUUUGCCAUCGGUAAUUGUUAAAUUAAAUUUCACGCGUUCCAUGGAUGGGGUGUCUAUUGAA